AGUCUCCACCCCGGAUACCACUCUCCUUCCCCCGGCUCUUAUAAAGCAAGCAAGACUUUCAGGCCGCUCUUCGGGCUGUCUUUUCUUCUUGUUGAUGGUUAGACUCUGUGAGAGAAGGAUGAAGUUCCUUGUGGCCGUUACAGUCAUUGUGGGAUCGCUGAUUUUUCUCGCUUUCCCCAAUGGCUCAUCUGCUGACGAGAAGAAGAAAGGCCCCAAAGUAACUGCAAAGGUAGGUGCUAUAUACUUGCAGCUUAUCUCCUUUUUGGAUCUUACAAGUGUUGCUUAUGUUGUUGUUUUGUUUUUUCUAAUAACACAGAAAGGGUUUGGUUACAAGGGCAGCAAAUUCCACAGAGUCAUCAAGGACUUCAUGAUCCAGGGUGGAGACUUCACCAGAGGAGACGGCACUGGAGGCAAGAGCAUCUAUGGAGACCGUUUCCCCGAUGAGAACUUCAAGCUGAAGCACUAUGGCGCUGGCUGGCUCAGCAUGGCUAACGCUGGCAAAGACACCAACGGCUCACAGUUCUUCAUCACCACCGUUACAACUCCCUGGCUUGACGGCAAACACGUCGUCUUUGGGAAAGUUCUUGAGGGGAUGGAAGUGGUGAGGAAGAUCGAGAAGACAUUAACAGAUGCUCGAGAUAAGCCACUUAAAGAUGUCAUUAUUCAUGAAUGUGGCAAAAUCGACGUGGAGAAGGCAUUCGCAGUGGCCAAGGAGUAGAGGAGUGCUGCCGGGGAAUACCGAGGAGAACGGGACUGGGGGGGGGAGGGGGGGGUCGUGCAGGCCACCUUGUUUUAUCACUAACAGCCCUGUGGUCCUGGAGAGGGGGCUUUGGAGUCAUUCGAUGUCAGUGGCUGACGUCUUUAAGCACCAGAAGAGCAUUAACAUCGAGCAAUCGAUCGAGCAAUGACGACACUCUGGGUCCAUUAACCAACGAGCAUUCCAAGGUGCACUUAACUGUUCGUUGUUGUUGUUUUUUUUGUUUUGUUAAAAAAAAAUGAAAUCUGAAAUAAAGGUUUCAAUUUUGUUAAA